AUGUCAAAUCUGGCUAAACAUCCUGAUAUCAAUAUUCUAGAAAAGAAGGAUUUGUUGUUGUUUCUGCGAUUUCAGCAUAAUGUAGGGAACAUUAUUUUCUUUGAAAAUAUACCGAACUUAAUCAUAAUAAGACCUCAGUGGUUAGCAGAUGCUUUCCGAUGUUUAGUUUCAGAUAGAGUUGAUGACAGGAGAUUGCAUCACCUUGAGGAUUAUACACUGUUUAAACGACAAGGCAAAAUAAGCGAGUCGUUAAUUACAGAACUCUUCAAAUCAAAAGAUGGAAGUCAGUUUUCUGGCCAGAAAAAUAAUUUACACAAAAUAAUGGAAAAACUGGACAUAAUAGUCAAAAUAAAAAACUCAAGUUAUUACAUAAUGCCAAGCAUGAUGCCGUCUUCCACGUUUGUUGAAGUAUGUCAAAAAAUUGGCAUUGUGGACGAAAAAUGUAUAAGAACUUCCUGGCUUUGUUUUAAAUUUGAAUUUCUUCCACCUUCUUUCUUCAACCAUAUAUCUGCCUGGUUUAUCAGAAACUACUACCCUAGCAAAGUAGAGGGAGGUAUUGCAUUGAACCGUGGUAUCUGUUUGUUUGACAUUGAUAAAUCUGGAGGUACAAAGAUUAUGGUUUCCAUGUCGACUGAUACCAUUGCUGUUCAGGUUUUGUCAUUUUCCGAAGAACAGGAGGGGUUAGGAAGUAUGUGUAGCGAUAUAUACAGAGAAGUAAAACAACAAAUUGAAGAUAUAAAAGAGAGAUAUAAAGUGAAAAUAUCUUUUAAACUCCAUUUCAAAUGCAGUGACGGCUAUUAUUAUGAAGACACCUUUGAAUAUGAGAAUUUGAUAAGCGAGAAUGAGUGUUUCUGUAUUCAGCAUAAGCAAAUGCAUCAAUCUAAACAGAUGUAUUCUCCUUGGAUGAAGAAUGAGCUUAAAGAGAUUCCCGACAAAGCGAAAAUCAACACUACACAAGAUGACCAAAAUCCAGAAAAUGAACCAAAUAAAGAGAAAUUCAACCAGGAUCAAGCAUCUGUCAAAACCAAUCUUCCUGUUUCUGUCAGUUUGAGUAAACAGAUAAAUAUCAAGACGCAUGAGAAUGAAGAUCUGAACAUGACUAGCUGUAUCAAAAUAGGCAAUACAUUAGUGUUUACCGACUGUAGUAAUAAACGACUUAUUAUUUGCAAUUCAGACGGUACUGAUAAACAUCACAUGUCUCUGUCCUAUUCACCACGUUCUAUAACAGAGAUAGAUAGUAACACUGUAGCAGUCUCAUGUAGUGUUUACAAUACCAUACUGAUAAUAAACAUAUCUACACGUUCUGUCACCAGUACAAUCAACACCAGUGGUAACUGCUACGGAAUAUCAUAUAAUGAUAAUAACCUGUACAUUGUUAUUGUUAAUGAGAGUAUAAUACAUGUGAUGGACCUGACAGGUGAAGUAAUACGUACUAUACCGGUACCUUCAGACUAUAUCCACGACAUUACAGUAGACAGAGACAGGUUGGUCUUUAUAGACAAAACAUCAAUAUACUGCUGCUCGUUAGAUGGAAAAGUAAUGUGGAAGUUUAAAAAGGAUGAAUUUCAAGAUUUAGUUCGUGUGACAACAGAUGAUGAGGGGAAUUUUUAUGUGACUGAUUAUAUGAAAGACAUUGUAGUACAUGUAGUUGUAUCAGAUGAUGGGAAAUAUCAUAGAGAACUUCUUACUAAAUCAGAUGGAUUGGAUACGCCGUCAGGAAUUUAUUAUGACAAAAAAGAACAUAUUCUGCUUGUUAGUAAUAGAUAUGACGGACAUGUUUUUCUUUUUGACGUGAAAAGGAAAGCAACAUAG